UCGAAUCGGAUUCAAUUAAUCGAAAUUCAGAAGCCUGAAACUUGAACAAUUAUGAAUAACUCGAGUAAUUCGUGUUCUUCGAUUAGAACGGAUGUGCCUUCGGAUGAAGAAAGUUUUCUAUUAGCGUCGAGCAAGCCAAAGAAGCGAAUAGGGAGGAAGAAGUUCAAGGAAACACGUCACCCGAUUUAUCGAGGAGUGAGGAAGAGGAACAACGACAAAUGGGUUUGCGAAAUGCGUGAGCCGACUAAACAAAAGAGAAUAUGGCUAGGUUCGUACCCAACCGCGGAAAUGGCUGCACGUGCUCACGAUGUAGCUGCAUUAGCGCUUAAAGGACCAUUAGCCACAUUGAAUUUCGCAGACUCGGCUUGGAAGUUACAAGUUCCGGUAUCUAAGGACCCGAAGGAGCUACGCCAAGCGGCUGCUAGAGCCGCUGAGGCGUUCGCGAUCGAGCCGAUAGACGUACCACAAGAUAAUAUUGUAGUAGAUAAUUAUAAUGUGGUGGUUGAAGAAAAUGGUAGUAAUUUGUAUAGUAAUUCACGUGGGAUAGAAGAAUGGCAGGCAAAUAUGGAAGAAGAAUGUUUGUUUUCACCAAAUCCAUGUUUAUUUGGGAGUCAUUUCAGCUGGGAUGAUCAUGUGGAAAGUGAUGUUGAGGUCUCCUUGUGGAAUUAUUCUAUUUGAUCUCAUAUGUAAUUAGGGGUGGAGUUGCGAUCUAAUACAGGAUUCGGGCGAACCCAAUAAAUAUUCAGUGGUGUGCGCCUUACAAAGUCGUUAUUUGUUUUAAUAUUUAGAAUCUACAAACCUCAAAUCCUAGCUCUCUCUUUUAAAUCAUAGUAUUAUUUUUUGGAAUCUCCUUUUUGACGGUUUGGAGAAAGGAUGUUGUUGCUUUUAAUAGGCAAUGUAUUAUUUGAGAAAGGAGCUAGCUAGCUCAAUUAUUUCUUGAAGUUUAGAAGUC